AUGACCCUCUCCACCGCCGAAGAACAACCUCUCACCGAUAACGACAUCAUCCGCUUAGCUCAAUACCACCACCACAACAACCAAACCUCUCUCUCCCUCCCUCCCUACCUCCUCUCUCCAACCUCCCACGCCCCCCUCCUCUCCCACCUCAAAUCCCGCUCCUCCCUCCCUUCCCCAUCAAAACCUGUCUCCGAUUACGUAACCGCUCUCCUCUCCCUAAUCUCCCUCUCCCCAACCACUCCCUCCCUCUCCUCCCUCCUCUCCUCUCUCCUCGUCUCCUACACCAAAAUCUUCCCCGAAAUCCCCACCGAUUCCGAUUCCCUCAAAACGAUCCGCCUCUUCGGAACUCUCUUACGUCACCUCAACGUUAACGAGAUCAAAUCCGUCGUCGAUUCGAUCUUAUCGGCGGGACUCUCUGGAGUCGUAACCGUCGAUGACGCUCAGUUGUUCGAUCUAUUGCCUAUAUGCUUCGAUUCAUUGCGUAGUAGUAGUAGUAAUGAGAUUGAGUAUGUUAAAUCCGCGAUUGAUCGUGUACUCAACUCCGAUUGGGAGAAAGGAUUCGUUAGGAAGAUUGUGGAAUUAGCUAAGGAGUUGUUGACGUUUUUGGAUAAAGGGAGGAAGAGUGAGUUGUUAGAGAAAGUUUUUCUAGGUUUCGAGUGUGUAGAUUUGCAGGAUUUGCCUUCGUUUGUGUAUCAGUUGCUCGUUCUCGCUUCGAAAGGGUUUUGCAAGAGGGAAGUGAUUGGAGGAGUUGUUUUGUUCUUUGGGGGGAGAGAUGAGAGGAGGAGAGUGGCGUCUGUGGUUAGGCAGAUUGAAGGGACUGUUCUUCUUCAUGUGAAUUUCGCGGUGAAGCAGGAUCCUUCGUUGGGGCAGGAGGUUGUGGCGUUGGUUAAGUGUGAUGAUAGGGCGUUUAGUCGUUUUGCGGUUGCGGUUUUGUUUUCGGUUGCUAGGGUUAGGAGGUUUGGUGAGAGUGCGUUGGGGGUGUUGAGAACGGCUUUGCUUGGUGCGUAUAACGAUUACAGGUUCUCUAAAGAUUGCAAGUGGCUGCCUGAUGAGCUGAAGGAAGAGAGUUUACUGCAUGCCAAAUUUGUUGAAAAAUCUUUGCUAAGAGCGGUUAGUGAGUGCAAAUAUGGGAGGGAGCAUGUGUUUCCGAGUGUUAUUCAGUUUGGCUUUAUGUUACUAGAAUCUGUUGAAGAAGGUAGAUCCAACGAGUUUGGUGGUUCCUGUGGCGUACUGGGUAUUGAGAAGCUUAGCAUUCAGAUUCUGGGAACCCUAUUUGAAGUCCAUGAUAUGACAAGAAACGAGAUAAUUGAGCAGUGCAAGUUUCGCAUUCUUUCUUUGAAAUGCGCAAAGAGCAAGCCAAUAUUAAGGCUCUUAGGGUGUCUUGUCCAGAGAUACUCACUUAUCAUGUUGGAAUAUGUCCAUCAUCUCAAAGAAUUAUUGGAUUAUUUCACUUUCAUGGAGGGAAAUAUCAGCUGUUUUCUUGUUUCUGCUAUUAUCCCGCUCAUCAGAUUCAGCCGAGAUCUGCAGGAUUAUACCAUCUUAGUGAUUCGGAAGGCUAUGUUUAGACGAGAAGAUACGGUUCGUGUAUCAGCGACAAAGGUGAUAACUGAACUUAUACUUGCAGAGAAACAAGCUAAGAAAGACAGCUCAUUUACUCUCCAAGACUCAUCAAGCCAAGCCAGUUCCAGUCAACACACUGAAGUGAGCUGUACUAUGAGGGGAAACCUCUUUACUGAACUGAAUGGGUUGCUUCAAAGAUGUCUUUACCAACAGGCAAAGGUGAAAGAAGUAGUUUAUGAUGGGCUUGUGAAGUUAGUCCUGAUUGAUCCAUCAAGUGGACCACAUGUGUUGGAAUUUCUUAUGCCUCAUUUCCUUCGUUUCUUUAGACAGGACAUAGAUUUUCAGCUUGGAAUCACUUCAUGCAUUAAAGUAGAAGGUGGUAAAUUUAUUAUUGAAGAGCCCUUGGAUAGGCUUCUCUUUUGUAUCUCUUGGAUUUUACUCCUUCAGCCGCACAACAGCUCUGAUCGGCCUUCUGAUACCGCAUGGCCAUGUUUUGGUUUCUCACUUACUCAAGAAAAUGAGCAGACAGGAAGAAAUGUAUCUCAUGAAGUGUACUCCAGUACUUUGGUAAAGGUCCGAAGCUUCCUACUAGGCAAAAAAUUAGAAGAUAUUGUUGGGUUGUCUCAGGACACAGUUUCCGCGUCACUAGAAGAAGAUAAAAGAAAAUCCUAUCGUCUGAUUAUAUUGGGGAUCGUUCAAGUGCUGCUAAACAAUAUCAUAACGGAUCUAGAGAAACAGCCAGAAGAGAAAAAAGGUGAAAUCGAAAAGGAUAUUGUUGAUUUGGUUGAUCUAUAUGAAUCACUGGAAAAAGAGGCGGGGAAAUCGAAACAGGGCAAUACUGGCAAGAGAGUACGAUUUAGCUCAACUGAUGUGGGAUUGACAAAUAUCAAUGAAGAGCGACAACAAGUUCCCUUUUUGUCUACUUCAAGUAUCUACCAGCUAUUUCUAAUCGCCUUCAAACUUUAUAGCAGCACAUCCGCUGGCAAUCUUUCAGGUUUGCAGGAUCACAGUCAGCCAUCAUCAGCCAAGACAGAAAAUUCAAUUUCUAGAGUUUUCUCCUUCACUUUGCAUGUUUGUGUUGGACACCUAAGAUCAUCUCUUUGCAUGAAGGAGGAAAAUCCACUUAAACCGUUGGUCUAUGGUGACAUGAUAGUUCUGGGCCCUCCACUGCUAAAAGUAGUUUACCUGCUAAAGCCAGGACCACCUUUAGUAACCGGACAGGCGAAUAAGGAGAAUAAAGGAAAGAAGGAUGCUGAAGGAAGAAAACAGUGUCUACAUCUGGCCUUGCUUAGCUUGAAAGAGCUGCUCAGUAUAUAUUCAAGUGGAUCUGGCUUGACUGGCUUGCUUGAGAAUUUGUUAGCAGUGCCUGCAUCCGAAGAUGCUAUUUUAGAAGAGUACAGCGAAGCUUCAAAAAUUGAAGAUCCAGUUGUGAAGAACAUCGAAAUUUUCAUGGAAAAAGUCAUGAAGCCCAUGAUCACGGACCUUAUCGCUCAAAACUCUAACGAUGUAGAGAUUCUUUGUGACAUAAUGUUGAUGCUUGGGAACAAUCUACCUGACAAAUUCAAACAACGGCAUGGAUCAUGGGCUCAUCAAAUCUUCAAAAGCUGUGAAACAUCUAGCACCACCGUUGCAAAGAGCGUUUUAAAACUUGCAAUCUCUUUUACUUCAUCUCCUGGUGAUCUAUGCAUAGCCGUGGAAGUGGCCAACGAGUUGCAAAAUGUAAUGGGUUUAGACAAACCUGAUACACCACAAGUCUCGGAAUCAUACAUGAUCAUAAACCAGUCAACAAGUGCUUCAAUAACUUCUUGCAUAUUGCAAUUAAUCGAUUCAGCAGUAGGUGACAUGGAUUGGGGAACAAAGAAGCUAAAGAAUAUGCAUGUGGUCUCUCAGAAGAACAUCCAUCUUAACCAUGAUGAUGAGAGUUCAUUUGGAUUGGAUCUCGAAGAAGCCCUUUACGCAAUGGCUGAGUCAACAGUCAUGAUACUCUCUUCCUUUGUUUUGAUGAACCUCAAAGACUCGCAAGCAGCACAGUUUCUCAGAUUAGCAGUUAAGUUUUACAAACAAUUAGCACAGAUAGUGAAACAGAGGAUUGCUCCUAAAGGUUGCAAGCAAACUCUUCCCAGCCUUAAGUUUCAAAAACUCGUGGAACUAACUUGCAAGAGUCUCACGGUUCCUUUAUAUCCCUUUUUAGCUGAACUGCAAAAGGAACAACAGGAGAGUGUGAGUUCAAAUUCCAAGGGUAUAAUCAACAAGAUCAAACAGGAGAACAAGUGCAUCCCUGAUUUGAUAUUCCAGAUAGAAGACUAUGAAAGAUACCUUAUCCAGCUAAGUAAAGUUACUAAACUCAAUUUGCUGAGGCAUGCCAAGCGCAGCACUGCCAGAGACUUCAAGAUAAUUGAAGAUGCAGAAGCUCCUGCAGGUGGUGAAGAUGGAGGAAACCAAGAAGAGACAGAGACACAGAACAAUAAUAUUGGUGGUAACGAGGAUGGUUUGGGAGAAGAGUCAGAAGAUGAUCCGGAGCUAGCACCACGGGACUUGGAUUCUGAUAGAGCCAUAGCAGCAGAAGAGAAUGAUGAAGAAGAAGAAGAAGAAGAAAAAGAACAAGGAGAAGAAGAAGAUGAAGAAGAAGAAGGAAGUGACUUAAGUCGUCCUAAAAAGAUAGCAAAGAAGAGUUUGGUAGUGGAAGAUUCUGAUGAAGAUUCUGUAACGUUUUAGGUUCGUGUUUGUAAAUAAAACUUGCAAACUCAGAGAACGUAGCUUCCAGGUUUCCUGAACAAGUCUUCAUGCAUGUCGUUUGUUCUCGCAAGCCUUGCUGUUUUAUGGCUGCCAGUGUGCACUGAUUGUUCAUAUUUCUUAUUUAAAACCGGUUUAAAGUCGUUCCUCCACGACCCGCCUUAAACCGCAAAAAAUGAAUCUAACGGUUG